CUGCCUGUUAACGCCCCAUUGAUAGUCAACACCUCUGGAGUCGCUCGAAUGACUAAAUUUUAUACGCCCCUGCACCAAUCAGCUCAAACGGUAGUGCAAAAGAUAUUCUCUCUUGUUUGCACACGACCCUCAGGCCUUUGCAAUUUCUUGGAUGCUCCUGAACUAGAGGCAUUUCUUGGACCAAAGGGUGGGGCAGACGAACAAUGGAGAGUAGUCUAUCGUAAUUAUGCAACCCUCUUUUUCGUAUUCGUGGUGGAUGGUGCGGAAAGCGAGCUCGGCAUACUGGAUCUGAUCCAGGUUUUUGUUGAAUCCUUGGAUCGAGCUUUCGAGAACGUUUGUGAACUUGAUCUCGUUUUUCACUUUGAUGAGGUACAUCACAUACUUGCUGAGAUUAUUCAAGGCGGUCUGGUUCUUGAAACCAAUGUGGAGGAGAUUGACGCAUCAGUGCAACUAGCUGCUAAAGCAAGGAAAGAUUCGUUCGCGUCCGCCAACCCACUCUCUCUCGGUGGAGGUGGCCUGGGU